AUGGAAAUUUUCGGUUAUUUAUCUCAGGCACGGCGCGAAUGCCUCUUGAAUCUACAAGAUUCAAUCUCGACUUUCCGCUGUGAUUGUGGAGAUUCUGCGAAAACGAGUGGGAAGGCUGAGCAGCUAGCCAUGCGUAGGCUAAAAGAACUGUGGAUGGACGACAUUAAACGGGUUUACAGUGAUUGGAAAUGGCGUGAGCUGUGUGAGCGCAGUGAAAUAAUUGUGGAACGACUCGGAUCCUCUGCAGAUCAGAUCUCGAACAACAGCGCGUCCCAAAAUGGGUCUCCGAGACAGUUUAUGUCUCCGAACAUUCCACGCAGUGUCGAAGCUGGUCGACCGCGUAGCAUUAUAGGGGAGCUGCACUGCUCAAUGAGCAUCCAGGAUGAAGAACCUGGAAUAUCCUUGGAGUUGCCGCCUCAGCCUUCCACACUAGUUCACCUACAAAAGUCUCGUCCUCGUUUACAAAGGAGACCAGGAACUUCUGGACAGGCAAGGAAAGCCCAAAGCAACAACGAAGAGACGCCCAUGAGUCGCAGCAGUGAUAUUGAGGAAGAAUCACAGUCAACCAAAAGUGAAGAUAGUGGCUGUGGCAACGAUAUGGUGAUGAAAAAGGUGAUAAAAUAA